AUGCCGCACAAGAGAAUCAUCGUGUGCUGUGAUGGAACCUGGAACAACGCCGAUGGCACCGGUCAAGUUCCCACCAAUGUCGCUAAACUUGCUCGAUGCAUCGACAACGAGGCUGAAGUAUACGAAGAUGGCAAGGAGGUCUUAAUCAAACAAGUUGUAUAUUAUCAACGUGGAAUCGGCUCUGUCGGCGGCUGGCUCUUUGGGAAGUUCGAAAAUGCAAUUGAAGGUGCUACAGGACGUGGCGUCCGUGAGAAUAUUAUGCAAGCAUAUCAAUUCAUAUGUCUAAAUUACCAACACGGAGACGAAAUCUUUCUCUUUGGAUUUUCCAGGGGCGCUUUCACCGCGCGGAGCAUUGGGCAUCUAAUCUGGACGAUGGGCCUGUUGACCCAUCGUGGGCUGAGGCAGCUCGGUUCGAUAUUCGAACAGUGGGAAAGCCAGAACGAAACAGAAAAGGUAAAGGGCUCACUUGAUGACGAUCAAGAAGUGAAGGACUAUUUUCGGGACUUACUGGCUAGAGAAAUGACACGUCCAGGUAUACCAAUCAAGGUGUGUGGUGUCUGGGACACCGUCGGGUCACUGGGUCUUCCUAGACCCUUCUUUCUACCCCAGCCGGUCGGGAAAAAGCUAGCGUUCGUCAAUACCAAAGUCCUCCCGAACGUGGAGUACGCUUUCCAUGCGCUGGCUUUGGACGAACGGCGCAGACAGUUUAAACCCACGCUUUGGGAGAAACCUGAAGGACAGGAGCUUCCUCGUGUGCUGAGGCAAUGCUGGUUUCCCGGGUCUCAUUCAGACGUUGGUGGUGGUUUAAAGGAUGGGGCGGCAGCAAGGCUGCCGCUUGCUUGGAUGCUUAGCCAAUUGGAUGGUCUUUUAGAAUUCGACCCUUUAGCGGUUGGUCAGUUCAUGCGAGUAUCAGAGUCAUCACCUAGCAUCUUAGGACGAAUCCACAACUCCAUGAGCCUGUUUUUCUUAUUUGGAGGCUCCUAUUUCCGAGUACCGGGAACUUUCACCUCCGUUAACCCUCGGACCCGUGAGUAUACAGAUCAACGACUGAGAAACACAUACGAGUCUAUCCACUGGUCUGCUCGUGAGCGAAUGUCGGAGCAGGUCGAUGACUACGACAAGGCAGGCCUAGUCAAUUUCAGGAUGAAGGGAGUCGUCACUGAGCUAGACAGCCCUAUUGUGCACGAGGCUGAAGAACAAGAGGUCCUCCCACUGCCUGGACCUCCUGGGAGACGGACAGUUGUGCAAUGGGUCAAUCAGAAGCUCGAUGUCGCUUUGAUGGAAGACGAUUUAAGAGAGUACGAGCGUAAGAUCCUAAAGCUCUGGGGCCUGCAGCAACUCUACGCAAUGACAAUCGACAAAACUGCAGAGGACAACUUCACGUCGGAAAACAGUCUUGAUAGCGCACAUGGUGGAAGUGUUGCAGAGCGAUUGCAGCGGCUAAGUCUUCAUGGAAAACGACCUACUGCUGAAUUGACGCUCGAGACACCGCCCGAGCUGCGCGCUCAACCUGCACCAAGGUCGGAGACGUUCUGA